AUGAAAGGAAAGAGAAAAGGUGGCGGAAGAAAGAAGAAUACGUCGAAUCAGCCGAUGGUAUUUAUGGAUGAAGCUGAGAAGACAAUAUACGGUCAAGUUGUGGCUGCCCUUGGAUCUUCCCGUUUUGAAGUUCUCUGCAUCGACGCCAUCUCCAGGAAGUGCGUCCUACGGGGGAGUAUGCACAAGUCCGUUUGGGUGCAGGCAAACGACAUUGUCCUGGUCUCUCUUACGGAGGACCAGAAGGAUACGGGAUACAU